GUCAAGAGUGCAGAUCAGCGGAGAGCAGGCACAGCUUCCUGGAUGGAAACAAAACGCAGGAGUAGAGCAGACAAAUACUAACACACACACACACACAGGCAGGCCGUGCACGAGCGAGCAGGACGUCUGAACAUGUUCUGAGUUUUUCCUCCGGCCCGGUACGUGUGUGAGAAAGGCGGCGUCGGGGCGGCGGAGGGAUUAGGCGUUGACAGCAGAGGUGAUUGUAACAGUAGACUGUUUCAACACAUGUGUCACAUUAAGAGCACUGCGGCUGUGGAUCUGGACUCAGGCUGUUCCUUCACUCAGUGGUCCACUGGAAAGGCUCUCCCCCAAAGACACGCAGGCCACUGGGCCAGAAAUCCAGAGAAACAGGACAGGGGGUGAAUGCAGCUGUAGAAACGAUGCCGUUUAAAUUCUGCCACGCGCUGCCCGAGCACAGUCCCAGCUGCCUCCUUCCCAGCACAGUGGCAGUCUGUGUAAACGCAGCAGCAGCAGCUUUUCACCGGGCAGAUCUGGUUUUCCGUUCCUGCCUCUCUGGGAACAUGGUGGCUGUAGCUCCUCUCGGUCCCCAGCAGAAGGGCUAGAGGCAGCCUGAUUCCUCCCUCCUUCCCUCCCUGCAUGCCUCGCCCCGACAUGGCCAGCAGGAGUCCCACCAUGAGCCAGGAAGCCGGGGAUUCGGCACCGGGGAUCCCCGAGGCCGGCGCUAACCCUGAACCGGGGCCUGAGGUGUUCUGCAAGUUGUGCCUCAGCGAGCAACCAUCUGCAGCCACCAGGGAGCUGCAGAGCUGCAACUGUGUCUUCUGCAUGGCGUGUCUGCAGCAGUAUGUUCAGCUGGCCAUCAUGGAGGGUGGGGGUGCACCCAUCACCUGCCCAGAUAUGGCCUGCCAAAAGACUGGAGUGCUAUCGGACUCUGAGAUAGCUAGCUUGGCCUCAGAGGAUCGGGCAGAGCUGCAUCGACGUCUGAAGUUUGAGAGAGGAGUGAAGUUGGACCCCAGUAAAGCCUGGUGUCCGGUGCUGGAAUGCCAGGCGGUGUGCAGCCUGCAGCCGAGCACCGAAGGCCGGCCCGCCGCUGUGCCGUGCCCGACCUGCCGCGCCGUCUUCUGCUCCGGAUGCAGAGGGCCCUGGCAGGACGGCCAUACCUGCCCUGAGCGCCAGCCCAUGAUGUCACCGUCACCCUCUCGUGACAGCAGAGCCCGCGCCGACAGCGACUCUGACAUGCCCAUCAAGCAGUGUCCUAUGUGUGGUAUCUACAUCGAGAGGAACCAGGGCUGUGCACAGAUGCUGUGUAAGAGCUGCAAACACACCUUCUGCUGGUACUGCCUGCAGAAUCUGGAUGGUGACAUUUUCCUGAGGCAUUAUGAUAAGGGACCGUGCAGAAACAAGCUGGGACACUCCAGGGCCUCGGUCAUGUGGAACAGAACGCAGGUGGUGGGUAUCCUGGUGGGGGUCAGCAUCAUCGUGCUGGUGACCUCUCCGCUGCUCCUGCUGGCCUCGCCGUGCAUCCUGUGCUGCGUCUGCAAGCCCUGCAGCGGGAGGAAGAAGAAGAAGAGGAAGAAGGACCUCAGCCAGCCAGACUCCUCCACUUCAUAGCAGCUCCCCCCUCUCAGCAGCCUGGCCCAGGAUCACUCCGCAAACCUCACGAUGCCCAAGGAAAAGCAAGAGAGUACAGGUGUUGCACAGUGGACUAAAUAAAGACUAAAGCUGUGGAACAAUGGAGUACGUUUUCAUGACUCCACAGACUGGAAGCCUUGUCAGUGGUUCAGUAAUGUCGUCCGGCUCAACAAGUGCAGAUUUUCAUCUUUAAGCUCUGUGAGAGAGCUGCCCAAAAACUGUUCUUCAGCUACAGGAGUGUGGACUUUAUGUUGUGGAAGUGUAAAUAUGAGGAGAAUGAAUGUAAGUAGCUCACGUUGUUGUUUUUAGAUGCACAACAGGUAGUACAGCGAAGGCGGCGGCUUUCCUGGACAAAAUUUUUGUCAUCACCCUCCUCUCUCUCUCUCCCUCUCUAUCUAUAUAUCUCUCUCUCUCACACACACAUGCAAUUUAAAGUGCAAUGCCACCCUCAUGUGCCAAACGUCAUGAUGCCAAACCAGAGGUGUUAGGUGCUCAAGUGCCUCACUCUACAGUGCCUGGUGCUUGGUUGUAUUUGUUUUGCCUUCCAUCUUUAUCUUAUGCAAAAAUUUUAGCAUUAUGAAAGUGGGCAACCAUCGGGAUAACACAGGGUUGUAAAUCCCUUAACAAUGCAAAACAUCCUUUCAUUAUGGGAGAAGGAAACGGCAUCAUGUGUGCACUGUAUAUUCUGUACUGCUAUGAAAUAUAACAGGGCUUCAAUGGUGCACAGAGAACUUUCCUUCUGCAAAUGUUUGUCGUUUCCACCUGUUUCCAGACCAAAGGUUCUAAAGGAUAAUGUGUACUUUUCUAAAGUGUGUAUUUAUGGGUUAUGUGUGUAUGGUAUCCUGUUAUAAUUUCUACGUUUCUGUUGAUGUUUCUGCAUCAGAUAUUUUAUAAAAGCACCAUUGUAAUUGAAAUAAACUCGCAUCAGAUGGUUUUGCGUUUGCUAGUGA